UCGGACCGGUGGGGGAGCGAUCGGUCACUAAUGUCUGCAACACCCGGUGUUUGAGUUGUGGGAUGGAGUUUCGUUGACAGACAGUUUCCACCGAGACGUGAGAGUUUAGUUUGUUUUCGUGUGUCUGCAAACGGAGAAGUGUUUCCAGGGAGCGCUGAGCCGGACAGUCAUGGAGGACACUAUUAUCGUCAGGGUUCAAUCCCCAGAUGGGAUGAGGAAAAUUGCUUCUACCAAGAGGGAGAUGGCGUCUGCGUUUCUGAAGAAGGUGGGCAAAGAGUUUGGGUUCAGCUCCAAUGGGUUUUCUAUUUACCUGAAUCGCAACAAGACCGGAGAGAUCCUUUCCCAGAACAAAACUAUGAGUGUGCUUAAGAUCAAGCAUGGCGACAUGCUGUUUCUGUACCCUUCAGGGGCCUCCUCUUCCUCCUCUGCAGAGGUGAUGGACACGGCCACCCCACACUCGUCUUCAUCACUACCAUCCAUCUCAUCAUCAUCCAUAUCCUCCUCAUCGUCCUCAUCGUCCUCCUCCAUGAUCCCCCGGUCCUUCUCGGCGCCCCAGGUCCAGGAGGAUGAGAUCGAUCAGUAUCUGGCCAAGCAGGACGGCAAGAUCUACAGGAACAAAGAUCCUCAACUAUGUCGCCAUGGUGCCCUUGGAAAAUGCGUGCACUGUGUACCAUUAGAGCCUUUUGACGAAGACUACCUGAAUCACCUCGACCCACCGGUAAAGCACAUGUCAUUCCACGCUUACCUUCGCAAGCUGACCGGUGGCGCCGAUAAAGGGAAGUUUGCAGCUUUGGAGAACAUCAGCUGUAAAAUUAAGUCAGGCUGUGAGGGCCACCCUCCCUGGCCGGAGGGGAUCUGCACCAAGUGCCAGCCCAGUGCCAUCACACUGAACAGACAGAAAUACAGACAUGUGGACAACAUCAUGUUUGAGAACCACACCAUUGCUGACCGCUUCCUGGACUUCUGGAGGAAGACUGGCAGUCAGAGGAUGGGGUACUUGUAUGGCAAGUACACUGAGCACACAGACAUCCCUCUGGGCAUCAGGGCCGAGGUGGCCGCCAUCUACGAGCCUCCACAGAACGCAACUCAGAACAGCCUUGAGCUGGUGGAGGAUCCAAAAGCUGCAGCUGUGGAUGAAAUUGCUGCCAAACUGGGCCUGUGCAAGGUGGGCUGGAUCUUCACAGACCUGCUCUCUGAGGACACGAGGAUAGGAACUGUCCGCUAUACGAGAAACCACGAAUCCCACUAUCUGAGCGCUGAGGAGUGCAUCACAGCAGGACACUUCCAGAACAGUCACUCAAACACCUGCAGACUCUCUCGAGACGGACAGUUCGGCUCUAAGUUUGUGACAGUGGUGGCGACAGGCGGUCCAGAUAACCAGGUACACUUUGAGGGGUACCAGGUGUCCAAUCAGUGCAUGGCUCUGGUAAGAGACGAGUGCCUACUGCCCUGCAAAGACGCUCCCGAGCUGGGCUACGUUAAAGAGUCGUGCCCUGAGCAGUACGUACCCGACGUCUUCUACAAGGACAAAGACAAAUUUGGAAAUGACAUCACGUUUCUAGCCCGGCCUCUCCCCGUGGAGUACCUCAUCAUAGAUAUAACGACCACGUUUCCAAAAGACCCCCAGUACACCUUCUGUUCCACGCAGCGCUUCCCCAUCGAGAACCGGGACAUCCUGGGAGAGACACAGGAUUUCCACAGUUUAGCGACGUACCUGUCCCAGUGCACCUCCACGGCAUUCCUGGACAUCGUGUCAGACUUCCACCUGCUCCUCUUCCUCGUCACCAAUGAAGUCAUGCCUCUAAGAGACAGCAUCGGGCUGCUUUUAGACGCUGUGAGAACUUCUGACGAGGAUCUGGCUCAGACCUGGAAGAAGUCGGAGCAGUGGGCCACGAUCGAGCAGCUGUGCAGUACGGUGGGCGGGCAGCCCUCCAGCUCUCUGGGCUACGGGGCCAUGGGCGGCCCCUCGGCCCCCGCCUCCUCCUCGGCCAUGUGGUCCUGCCUCCACUGCACCUUCAUGAACCAGCCUGGCACAGAGCACUGUGAGAUGUGCAGCCUGCCCCGCAGUUAAAAAUCCCCCCCUCCCCCUCCCCCUCCCC